AUGGGGAAUGCAGGAGAGCCCUGCCUGACUACCAACAGUGGCUGGAAGAAGCGCUUUGAGGUUAAAAAGUGGAAUGCAGUAGCCCUCUGGGCCUGGGACAUUGUGGUGGAUAACUGUGCCAUUUGCCGGAAUCACAUCAUGGACCUCUGUAUAGAAUGUCAGGCAAACCAGGCUUCGGCGACUUCAGAGGAGUGCACUGUUGCUUGGGGUGUGUGUAAUCAUGCCUUCCAUUUUCACUGCAUUUCACGUUGGCUGAAGACCAGACAGGUUUGCCCCUUGGACAACAGGGAGUGGGAAUUCCAGAAGUAUGGCCAUUAAAUGGAAACAGCAGCAUCAUACCUCAAUUUUCGCUGAUAGCAACGUCCCUGCUGCACUGUCCUGUGGCAUCAGCAUUCCACUCACUCUGCUCCCCCUUCCCAGAAUCUUUAAGUGAAGAGUGUUUAUUUAAAUAGCAAAGACUUGACCAUAAACUCUGCCCGUUUCUUAAAAAAAGAGA